AUGAGAUUUAGGCGUCCUAGGAUUCAAGAUGGAUGAUUGCGAUCUUGAAAAAUUAACUGUGAAACCGGGAAGCCUUUCUCCGGCAUUCAAGAAAAAUGUUCUGGAAUACAACGUAACAGUUCCAAGUAGUGUUGAGAAGAUAACUUUUGACCCGCGCACCAGUGACACCGGAGCUUCAUAUUCUAUAUCUGGAAGUGGAGGAUCUAGAGAUGUUCCUCUCACUGAGGGUGUUGUGACAGAUGUAAAGAUUGAAGUUACUGCAGAAGAUGGCACCACAAAGAAUUAUUUUGUGCACGUGAAAAGACUUUCUGCCAAAGAUGCAGUCCUCACAAACCUCACCAUCAAAAGUGGAAACUUGGAGCCAAAUUUUGAACCAAAUCAACUAUUAUAUUACUGUCUUUUACCAUGCAGCAUAACUGUAGCAACAGUAACACCAACAACACCUGAUCCCAAGAUUACUGUGGUGGUUGGCGGGAAUCCCCCGAAGACUCCUGUUCCUUUGAACACUGGUCUGACUAAUAUUGACAUUGAUGUCACUUCUGCUGAUGGGUCCAACAAAAAGACCUAUUCUGUGGAAAUUGUGAGAAAGCAAAUUCCCAGAUUUGUGAAGUUCACAGAUCCCAAAGCAGCCGCAGAAUAUGAGUGCCCCAUUUCCCUCAGCCCUUUGUACUGUCCAAUUACAGUCAAAGGAAGCAAACCGAAGCACACUUAUUCUGGUCCCUCCAUUACGGAGUUGACUAAGACGUCUAAGAUCGAUCCUCUCUCUGGAGAAAGUCUAGAGCCUGGAUGGAAAAUUGCGGACACAGAAGUAGACAAGAAGAUGGCAACUCAGAUGGCUGUUAUUCCUCUAACAUUCUCAGGUGCCACAGAAGCGAUGAAGUUCGGAGAGCUUGCACAAAACUUGGCUCAAUGUAAUAAACCAGCUGAGCUCAAGGAUCUUUCAGCAAAGUUCAAGAAUUCAUCACUCAGUCUGUCUCGUACAUUACAGGAACAAAAGUGGGAGAAAGGCCUACAGCAAAUCUUUGAUGAGACAAAUCCAGAUGCAUUAGUCAAGGCUGCUGACACUCAUCUGCUAGAGUAUUACAAGAGAGUACCAAGACCUGGCCAAUUUCACUUGCAAUACUCUGAAGGGGAUUCCCCUAUAGACUCCCUCCAGAAUGCCAUCUACUGUGUCGCUACUGCCAUCAAGUUCAAGCCUAAGGAUGCUGCUCUUCAUCUCAAACUGGCCAUGACACUUGAGGAGAAAUACUAUGCAGAGGACAUGUUUGCUUUGAAGAAGGAGGAUAAAGAAGAAGCCCCCUCCCUGAAUCUUCAAGCUCAUGAGAGUUCCAAGGAAGAAGAAGUGCUGGCCAUCUGCAAAAUGCGUGGAACUGACCCAUCUGCACCUGUGAGUCACCACUUGAAGGCCCUUGACCAAGAGUACCAUCACUUAGUGGACAGUGGUCAGAGAGCUAAAGCGGAUGCCAUUCAAAAUUUGUAUGCCUGGUACAGCAAAAGGGUUUCACAAGAAGGAGCUGCAGCACAGAAAGCUGAGGACAAUGAAUCACCUCUGGGUCAAGCCUUCCAGAAAUAUCAGGACGCUUUGUGUCUCGAUGAAUCCAAAGCUGUUUAUAACUUUCAUGUUGGACGAAUGCUUGUCAUACAAGGCAACUACGGGGAUGCCGUAAAAAGGCUAGAAGCGGCCCUCUGCUGGAAUUCCCAACAUGAGAUGGCCAGAUUUUACCUUGGCCUGGCCCUCAGCCUAAGUAAAGAAGACAGGAAAAAGCGUUGUGAAGAAGCCGUGGGGUUCCUGCUGGGAGGCAUGGAGCUACUGUUGGCUGAGCUUUCCAAGCAGGCCAAUACAGCGGAGGAGGCUAAGGCUAAAAGCAGCCUGUUUGCUGAUAACCUUGUGAGAGCAAGUAAUGUGUAUUUUCUGAGAGGAAUAAUUCAACUGGGUGGCUUACUUACAGUCAAUGAGAUGAAGGAUGCUAUGUCUGCUGAAGAUGUUUUCCACACGGCAGCAUUGUUGGCUUCUAAUGUUCUCCCAACAAUUUGUCGAGGGGAUGUGUACAAGCAAGUGGAGUGGGUGCUGCUUGAUGCGCACACGCACCUACUGGACAUCCUUACCCAGAAGCAGGCAGGCAAUGAAGAGCUGAUAGCUAGUCGUUGCCAAAGACUCUCUGCUCUCAUCUUCAACUCCUCUAUCUCUGGGAAUACAAAGCUGUUGGAACUGCAAGAACAAACAUGUCAGAAAUUGGUGAAGAUCCAGCCGUGUGUCAGUUACGCUUUGUUCCUGCUCGGGUCCUCACAGUUUGCUCUCUAUGAGAACACACCGGAUGACAAAGAAGGUAGUCAGAUGCUCAAAGAUGCCCGAGCAUCAUAUGAGGCAAGUAUUGGACUUGAAGGGAAGACAAGUGAUGGAGACCCCCCACAGGCAAUCUCUGAACAAAAAUGGUGGACGGAGCUGAUCAAAAAAGAAGAAGAGGCCAAAAAAGCGGCUGCGGCCCCUCCCGUACCUACAGGGGGCACCACUGGGGCGGCUCCUGCUGCGACAAGCGCGCCUGGUGGCCGAGGGGCUCGUGGAGGGGCCACUGCUGCUAGAGGAACCCCGGCUCGUGGAGCAGCUGCAGGGAGGGGUCGUGGAGUGCAGCCUGCUACGUCGAACACUGCAGUGAAGGGAGAUAAGUCCAAACAUGUCUGUGUGCCGCAGAAAUCAGGGGAUAAAGCUAUAUAUAGCCUAGACCUCCAAAAUGUCCUCAUCUUUGAUUCAACAGCUUUGUAUCUUUGUAUAUGUCAUGUUGAUGAAGAACAUUAUAAUUCAGAAACUGAAAUUUGCCCAUUGUUUAAUGUGUAUAUUUUUCUCUCGUUCCUGUCUUUACGUCCUGCAGCUCGAGGUGGAGCAGCUGCCAGAGGGGCACCAGCUGCCAGAGGCCCUGCCAGGGGAGGGAAAGCCCAACCUGCACCUGCACCUGCUCAGAAACAAGAACCACCAGCAGAAACGAAAGCUCCUGAACCAGAGCCAAAGAAAGAAGAAGUCAAAGCAGCUCCAAAGAAGGUUGUGAUCACAAAUCCCAAGUCGUACCAGGCAAGGUUGGGCUUGGCUCGGGUACUGAGGGCUGCCAAUGAACCGAAUGAAGCAAAAAAAUAUUAUGCCGAGGUUAUUGACAUGGCCCCAGAGGUGCAUGAUGCAUACAUCGAAAGUGCUGAAAUGCUGAGCAAAUCCAACCCCUUGGAAGCAGUUGAUGUGUAUUGCAAAUUCCCCAUCUCUGAAAAUCUUACUUUUGAUGAUGGUUUCAUAUUCGGGGAGAUUGUUCGCAUCUUGAUGAAAGAGCAAAAGUUUGAUGAUGAGCGACUUGCAACUAACCUAAUAGCAUAUGGAAAAGUGUAUGGAGUUGGCGUUCUCGAGCGCUACACAAAAAUUCUGGAAGAGAAGAUGAAGAAUGAUCUUCUCAAGAAAGUUUACGCUGGUGUUAAUAACAAAUCGGUGGAUGACCCUGACAUGCAAGCUUUCUUCAAGUUCAAAUUUUGGAUUUAACUUCACAAUUUUAUAUGUAUAUGUUUUAAAUCCUUCACAAUACUUGUGUUAUUUUUACUUUUAUCUCACAAGUGGACCUGAUGUUGAAACGUUUUUAAUUUAAUACUUUUGCAAGGAAUACUUUUUGGGGGAUAUCUGCUCUUGGGGGUUUCUUUCAACUUCUCUGGCCAUCAUCAUCAACAUAUUAGUUCCUAAUCUACUCUUGAUUUAAAUGGUCUCUAUAUGAUUGAAUGCUGGAUCAAUAAAAACAUGACUGAAAGAGUAAGGUCUGUUUACUAACUCUAAAAAUCAUCAGGUGGUUGAAUUUUUUUUUCUGUUUCCUCUGGGUUUAUUGACUUACUUGUAGCAUAUGGUAAUUUAUUCUUGUCUCUUAUGCUGAAGAACCAGGUUCAUUUUUUGUGUUUAAAAAGUAUUGUGGAAUUUUUUUCUUAGGUUCUUCUCGGAUAAAAAUAAUCAAGCAACUGGUCAUGCUGAUUAAAGAAGAAAAACACGGAAGUUUGGGGAAAGUGUGAAAACUUACUUUAGUUUGUGUUUUUUUAGACAACACGAAGAAAGUAACUAACGCAUUUUAAAAUUCAUAUCUCAUUUUUGUAAAAAAAAA